AUGAAUACAAUAUAUUUGCCUAAAAGAGUUUAGUUACUAUAAAGUCCAAAAACCAAUAAUGAGUCGUAACUUCAAACCACUCGAUCAGUUAUAGUAUUUAAUUUUUCAUCAAGCCUCAGUCCGCUAAUUAAGAUGUCCCUAAAAUUAUAGUAAGAUGUGAUGAUUAAGAUGGAGUACCAAAAGACAUGAGACUGAAAAAUUGGAAUGAUGUUUUUGGUGAUUUUUUAUCAGAAACUUUAUUACGCAAAAAAUAAACUGAUUUGAAAAGAAAUACUAUAGCUACAAUAGAUAGAGCAUAUCUCCAUGAAGUGCCAUUAAAAAUUUAAAAUACUCUUUUAAACAGUCCUUCUAUUAGAAGCAAUUUUACUAAAUUUAUUUUGGGGGAAAUCUCUGCUUAAGAGUUUGUUAUAAGAAAAAAUCAGUACUAAAAAUUAGAUAAAUUAAUUCCUUCAGGUAAUUAGAAACAAAAAAGACCAAAAAUUAAUUUGUAUAUUAUCUAAUUAAAUUAUUAAGAUCUUAUAGGAGAUCAGCUGUUACAGAUGGUGGUAAUCAUGAAAUUGGAUUUUUAAAAUUAUUAAAUGAAAAAAAUGAAGAAGAAAAUAAAAAAUAAAAAGCUCAUUAAAGAUUUGAGAUGAUAAGAAAUAUUAUAGUUGAGAAAAUAGAGAAACGAGAAGAAGAAGAUUUAGUAAAGAGAAGUAGAGAAUUAAAAAAUGUUGGAAUGAUAAAAUAAAUGUAUGAUAUAAGUGACAUUUAUAUACAAGAGUUAUAAAAGAAUACUAUGGAAAAAGAUAUUCCACUUACUAAAAGACAUGUUUUUAAAGGAAAUUCUGUAAAUAUUAUUUAACAUCAAAAUCCAUAUUAAUUGGAAAAGGCAAGAAGUCAUGAAAAUCCAAAUAAAAUUAAAUAUGAAGUAUUGCCAGAAAAGAAUGUAAUUCGUCAUUUGGUUGAUAAAAGAGCAAAAGAAUACAUGGAAGAAUUAUAAUUAAAGGAUUAUAUUGAAAAUGAAAAAGCGAAAAAGAGAAUUUAUAUAAAUUUAUAAUAUAAAUAGAAUGCUUAAAUAAAAAAGAAAAACUAGUUUUCAUCUCCUAUUUCAUCUGAUUAAAGUGAAUAAAAAAUUAAACCAGUUUAUCCAUUCAUUUAGAAAGAAUUUAAAAAUAAAUAGAUAAUUAAAAAUAAAUUGAUAAAUAAUGAUUUAGAACUCAUCAAGUAUAUAACAAAUUAUCCAAAAUAUGAUCCCUUUAAUGAUAAAGAUUUUUAAGAGACAAUAUCAAAGGAAUUGUUGUAAGCAGGAGGACUUGCUUCAGAAAAGAAAAUCAGAAUAUUGAAAAAACCUUAUUUAAAAAAAGGAAACCCAAAAAAUGUAAUAACUUAAUAAAUGGUUGGAAACACAUUUGAUUCUAGAACUGAAAAUGAUGAAUCUUUCAACUCUAUGUAUGAAUUUAACGUUGAUACAUUAUAUGAUUAAAGUAUUAAAUUAUAGAAGAAACUACUUGAAAAACAAUAUACUGAUGGAUUUAGCAAAACAAUCAGAGCUAUUUAGAAAAGUUAAUAACUAAAAAAGUAUUGAUUUUAUAAAUUAUCUUAGUGAAAUAAUUCAGAAGAACUUAUAAAAAUUAGAAGGCAUACCACUUAAAUGA